GCACUCGUGUCCUGGUUAUGUGGUUUUCACUGGACCUCUCAGUAGCAGGGUCCAGCCUUUUCAUUUCAGUCUCCCUCACAUUUGCAGCUGUUAUCUUUUUAACUUAUUUGUUCUCUGAAGAAAAAGAAGAACAAUCAGCUCGGAGAAUGGCACAUACACCGUUAAAACAUGAGCACACUAACAUGAUGGGGAUUGGCAAGGCCAUUGCUGUGUUGACAUCCGGAGGCGAUGCCCAAGGUAUGAAUGCCGCUGUGCGAGCAGUGGUCCGAGUGGGGAUAUACACUGGUGCCAAAGUAUAUUUUGUUCAUGAGGGUUACCAAGGGCUUGUGGAUGGAGGUGAUAACAUUAAAGAAGCAACAUGGGAAAGUGUAUCUAUGAUGCUGCAGCUGGGGGGCACAGUAAUCGGAAGUGCCAGGUGCAUGGACUUCCGCAAGCGAGAAGGACGCCUGAAAGCUGCUUGCAACCUGGUAAAGAGAGGAAUAACCAACCUCUGUGUCAUUGGUGGUGAUGGAAGUUUGACUGGAGCAGACACUUUCCGAGCAGAAUGGAGCAAUUUGCUACAGGAGCUGGUUAAGACAGGGAGCAUCACAUCAGAUGAAGCCAAAAAGUCCAGCUAUCUGAACAUUGUUGGCAUGGUUGGUUCUAUUGACAAUGAUUUUUGCGGGACUGACAUGACCAUCGGUACAGAUUCUGCUCUCCACAGGAUAAUGGAGAUAGUGGAUGCCAUCACCACCACUGCUCAAAGCCAUCAGAGGACAUUUGUGCUGGAAGUGAUGGGACGUCACUGUGGUUAUCUAGCCCUUAUCACGGCGUUGGCAAGUGGUGCAGACUGGGUUUUCAUUCCAGAAUCCCCACCAGAAGAUGGCUGGGAGGAUCACUUGUGCAGAAGGCUAACUGAGACAAGAACUCGAGGCUCAAGGCUGAACAUCAUUAUUGUGGCUGAAGGAGCAAUUGAUAGACAUGGCAAAGCCAUCACUUCUGAAGACAUUAAGAGUCUGGUUGUGAAACACCUGGGUUUUGAUACAAGAGUCACCAUCCUAGGACAUGUGCAGCGUGGUGGGACCCCCUCUGCCUUUGAUCGUGUUCUGGGAAGCAGGAUGGGUGUGGAAGCUGUUAUGGCUUUGAUGGAAGGAACUCCAGAUACCCCAGCAUGUGUUGUCAGUCUGUCUGGUAAUCAGGCCAUCCGCCUUCCUCUUAUGGAGUGUGUUCAAGUGACCAAAGAUGUCACAACGGCAAUGACUGAAGGACGAUUCGAUGAUGCUCUCAAACUCAGAGGAAGGAGUUUUAUGAAUAACUGGAAUGUGUACAAGGUUUUGGCCCAUGUGCGUCCACCCUCAGCCAAGAGUGGCUACAAUUUGGCAGUGAUGAAUGUAGGUGCACCAGCCGCAGGCAUGAAUGCAGCUGUGAGAUCCACCGUCAGAAUUGGCUUGAUCCAUGGACAUAAGAUGCUGGCUGUGCAUGAUGGGUUUGAGGGCCUUGCUGAAGGAAAGAUUGAAGAGAUAGGAUGGGCAGGAGUUGGUGGUUGGACUGGAAAAGGCGGAUCAAACCUUGGAACAAAAAGGACUCUGCCCAAGAAAUACUUUGAGGAGAUCAGCAACACCAUUGCCAAUUUUAACAUCCACGGGCUGAUUAUCAUUGGUGGCUUUGAGGCUUUUACUGGCAGUCUGGAAAUAAUUGAAGGGCGGUGCAAAUAUGAAGAGCUCUGCAUCCCGAUCUGUGUGAUUCCUGCGACCGUGUCUAACAAUGUUCCUGGUUCUGACUUCAGCAUUGGCGCAGACACUGCCCUCAACACCAUAACAGCAGCUUUUACUGGCAGUCUGGAAAUAAUUGAAGGGCGGUGCAAAUAUGAAGAGCUCUGCAUCCCGAUCUGUGUGAUUCCUGCGACCGUGUCUAACAAUGUUCCUGGUUCUGACUUCAGCAUUGGCGCAGACACUGCCCUCAACACCAUAACAGCAACUUGCGACCGCAUCAAACAGUCUGCAGCUGGCACCAAGCGGCGGGUCUUCAUCAUUGAAACCAUGGGAGGCUAUUGUGGCUACCUGGCUACUAUGGCAGGCUUAGCAGCUGGAGCAGAUGCUGCCUACAUUUAUGAAGAUCCUUUCACCAUCCAUGACUUGGAGGUGAAUGUAGAACAUCUGACUGAGAAAAUGAAAACCACCGUGAAAAGAGGCCUAAUAUUGAGGAAUGAAAAAUGCAAUGAAAACUAUACCACAGACUUCAUAUAUAAUUUGUAUUCAGAGGAAGGAAAAGGUGUCUUUGAUACCAGAAAGAACGUUUUGGGACAUAUGCAGCAGGGUGGGUCACCGACUCCCUUUGACCGAAACUUUGGAACAAAAAUGGGUGCCAAAGCUGUGGCAUGGAUGUCUGGCAAGAUCAAAGAAUGCUCCAGACAUGGUCGCAUCUUUGCCAACACUGCUGAUUCAGCUUGCCUGCUGGGUAUGCGGAGACGCGCCCUGGUAUUUCAGCCGAUGACGGAACUCAAAGAAGAAACAGAUUUUGAUCAUCGCAUCCCCAAAACGCAGUGGUGGCUAAAGCUUCGUCCCAUCUUGAAGAUUCUAGCCAAGUACAAGAUCGAGCUGGACACCUCAGAGAAAGCCCACUUGGAGCACAUCACUCGAAAGAGAGUAUCUGGGGAAGGCGCCCUGUGAACAGUUAGCAAAGCAGGCGCAGCUGGUCCUCCCCUUUCAGUCAUGGCAUAUAAGGAGACAUCUAAAUAAAUUACAAAUCCUUGGUUCCUUCCCCAGGUUAGCAUGCAGCUUUCCAUCUUGUGUUAUGUACUGUAAUUGGAGCCACGUGCCUAUUAUAAAUGGCAUAUCGUUACAUCACACGAUAGCUGAUACUUGGCAAAACUUUCUACUGUUGUUUACUGUUGGAAAGUUCAAGGCAGCUUAAAUACGGUAGGUUCCCCACUGGUCUUUCCAUCCGGAUAAUAGCUAGGGUCACUCUUAGGUUGAUCAGUAUUAUAUAACCAUAUGCUUCUAGGCCCUCUUUCUCCAGAGUGGAAUGGACUAUUGCUGCCAGAUUUUCCUAGUCAAGCUCAGAAAGAUUAGCCAAGGCCAUUUGCUGCUUGAGGAAUGUACUUUCAAUAGAAUUCUCUUCAUCUGGUCAUCAUUCAAACCGGACAGAAUUGUUGUUAUUAAAACUUUUUGUCAUCUGAAUGCCAAUCCCAAAAUAGAUUCAACUCAUCCAAGUGCUCAAAAUAAACAAAAAACAAAAAACAGGAA